GAGUGGAAGGUUAGUGUGUUUUUAGCUUGCGGGGUGCUCGGGAAUUUCCCAGGACUGUUAAAAACACCUUUGGUCAGUAAAACUGAAAAUAGAAGCCAUUUUUUUCUUCAAUGGGGAAAAUAUACGACAUACCGAACAUGAAUCUUAAAUUUAAGUGUACUAUGCUCUAGCCGUGAGAGGGAUUAUCGGCUAGUUAUUCUCAUUUUGCUCUGCAAAAUUAGGGGGGCUCUGCGCCCUUAAAAGGACAUAAACAUCGCUAGCUCGGUGCUAGCAAAUUCUGGAUAGCCGAGAUUAUUGUUGAUAUUUUAAAGCUCAUUUUUGCGUCCAGAUGGAGGGGAUACAAUCGCAAGUCGUUCGCUCACAAACCCAGUCGGAUAAUGGGAACCAGCCUGCGCGGCCCCUUAACAGCUAUGGGUUCGGUAAACAAGUCGGUUCCGAUGGAGUCGGUGCAGAGGACUGGUGCGACAGCGGCUUGGAGUGUUUAAAUGGAGCGCUGAGCCUGGAGACCCCAUUCUGCACCGAAAGCGAACAUCCUCCGACUUUGAAAUCUACCCCGUUUGAUAUUUGCUCAAGGAAGACAGACUCGGAACAUGAGCCCACCGACAGCUGUAUCUCCCUGGGGAACGGGGAAAGACUCGACUCGGCCCUCGGGCACUCGAUAACGGACGAGAUGCUGGGCUGCAUUUCCCAAGGCAUCGGGACCAUACAGCUAAGCGAGCCCGACAGUGUCUCCGGGGACAGAUCUGGGGAGGUUAUCGGGGGACAGGUGGAGGCAUACCCCCCCGAAGAGGUGUUCAACACCCUGAACUUUGUGUCAGAGGACGGAGACACUGCACUCCACCUGGCUUUAAUUCACGAACACUUGACCUUUGUGCACUAUUUGGUGGGAGUGAUAACCCUGGACCAGAACUGGACCCCCUAUUUGGACAUCCAGAACGACCUGGGCCAGACGGCGCUCCACCUGGCCGUGAUCGUCGACCAGCCCGACUGCGUGAAGGCUCUGCUUUGGGGUGGCGCGAGCGCUGAGAUCCAGGAGCGCGGGGGCAACACGCCACUGCACCUGGCCGUGCGCGAGAGCCGCAUGGCCUGCGUGCGGGAGCUCACCUGCAGUGGCAUCCGUCCGGACCACCUGCGCAUCAUCAACUACUCGGGGGUGAGUGCCCUGCAUCUGGCGGUGCAGAAGGGCAACGAGGAGAUCGUUCAAAUGUUGCUGGAAGGAGGAGCUGAUGUCAACCAGAGGGACCUAAGCUCUGGGCGCUCCCCGCUGCACUGGGCCGUAGAGUCGCAGAGCCCCACCUUGGUGAGGCUGCUGUUGCGAGCAGGUGCAGCCGUGGACCAGCCAUCAUAUGCAGGACACUCGCCACUCUACUGCGCCCUCCACAGGCCUAAUGCAGAGGUGCAGGCUUUGCUGCGCGAUGGAGGAGGCACGGAGAUGCACGGCGGGGAGGAUGAGGACGAGGAGGACCGGGAAAGUGAAGAGGAUGAGUUUGAUGACUUGAUCAUCAACGGCCACCGGGUGCUGUAACCAUGCAUAACACUUUAGAGCCACGCAUCUCGCUAAUACUCUUGUGCUGUUCAGUGCAGUCUUACAUGUCAGGGCUGAGCUACUGUGUGUGUGUGUGUGAGUGUGUGUGUGUGUGUGCGCGGAAGCGCGCAUCUGUCUGUGAUGUUGCGUCUGAGUACUUUCAGUGCUUUCUGGCUUCAUGGCACAUUUCCGAAUCUUCAGAGCGGUGAUUUCCUGUGGACUGCCAGGGGGCAGGAGCAACACUAGUGUUCGGUACCUGUAACCCGGUUAUCAUCGCUUCCCUGAGUACCGUCGUACCACAUUCUGACCGAUACUGAACUUCUUAGCUUCGCGUUCUUUGUCUGAAACUGCUGGGGUUCUCGCUGUAUUUUGGAGUUACCCUCUGAAAGGGUCAAUCCUUCUGCAAGGCUUUAAACUUCUUGUCAGGCUUGCUGUCACUUUUUUAACACAGAACUCAUCUUUCUGAGUUGCCGUACGCUGUAUGUAUGUUUUACCUGUUGGCAUUAAAAUAAAGCAAAGCAACUUGUUCGGUGUUUUAGUCGGGAUUUUUUUUUUUUAACGGAACCUAACACCAUGAUUGGUCGAGACGGUGUAAAUAUGGAGAAGGCUGAAAACUGUGAAGGUUUGUGACCCUACACCUGGGCUCUUCAUCCUGGUUUCAUGGGGCCUGUUGUGGCUUUUUUGUUCAAGCUGACCUGAAUAGACUUAGUUCACAGAUUCUUUCUGUCUUUGUCUGGAUGUUUAUGUGUGUGUCACCUGUAAAAACAGCAUAAGAUUGUAGAAAUCUGUGUUUCCUUGUCAGUUGUUGUUAAAAAUCGUUAAACGUUUUGUUUUAAUGGUAUGUUUAAGCCCAAUAUUAAUUUGCAGUGGUUUGUUUGAAGGCCAAUGUUAUUUUUAAUCUUAAUCAAAGUGGAUAGAAAGUUUCUUCUCUAGCACAGUUGAACAUUGGAGAAUUUGGCUAUUAAUAUGGGAUGUGUAAACAUUUGGUGUUUUGUGUAAAUAAAAAUACCUCUCACUAAGUUGGAUCUUGGAUGAAACUCAAGCCACUACACCCAAUUGGUCACAAUUCGCAAACACCAGGAUUGGAAGAUCCUGACUGUUGAUUUGGCCUGGCAGGGAAGAACAAAAUCAAGUCAAAUACUUACACCUAAUUCACAUCACAGGGUUACACAGCGUCAUUUGAUUGAAUUAAGGGAAAGACAUAAUAUAAAUUUUGCAUCCGCCUAUAUGCUUUUUAAUCUUUAGAUUACAACUGCCCCUGAGAUAGUAAUGACUGGCAGGAUGGACAUUGACCGGAUGAAAAUGAAUCGCUUCUGUCAUUCUCUGCUUGAUCUUUUCCCUGUACAUUGAUGCUUUUCGUGAUCAAAAAUUAAUAAAUCAUUUAAAUGGA